AUGCUGUUGUCCCGACGCCUCGACGAGGUGAACCCCCCGGCUUUCCUUUUGCAGGUCUUCACGCCUGGCCAGAUGGCGAUCUUCAUGGAAAUGCUGCAAGGGCAGGAGUACCCUCUAUAUGGGCAUCUCAUGCCAGGUCAUUUUGUUCGCGAUGGGCUGAGCCAAAGCACGCUUUUCCAACUAAUCGAUGCAGGAUCCGCUGCUGUUGCUGAGCAACAACAACACGUACAACUGCUGAAAGCAGACUUAGCCCGACUGGAACUGAAUCAAGAAACCAGAGUGGUGAGCUUUUACUUCCGUAGUCGACGAGCGGCUCAGCGUUGGAGUGGAAUGAUUUGCCCAUUUGAUGGAAAAGGACUUGAGUUGGUGGACUACAACGAACUCCGGUAUCAACGCCCGAACGCUGUCCUCCGACUCGACCACUUCCGGUUUUCACUAUUGCUGCUUCGUGGUAAGAUCUCGCCACUCGAAAUGUAUGAGCUCUUAACGAAAGAACUCAAACAGCAAGUGAAAUCAAUCAAACACCCGAAACUGAACGAGCCGGGGCGAGGACGAGAGACAUGGGAAGUUAUCAUCGAGGGACCAAUAUGCCCGCUGGUGCUCAGCAAGCACACGCGCAUUCACCUCCCGAAAACUCACCUAUUGAUUCACCUGAGCGAUGUACACAUUAAUUUGCCCUGUGUGAAGUGUAGUAGCAAGUGGCACUCCCAGAUGCGAUGCAACGCUCAGUCCGAAAAUUGCAAGCAGGCAGCAGAUCAACGCACGCUGAAGAUA